AUGCGCCUUCUUCUCAUCUUUGAGCUUUUCUUAGCUCUUGCUCUAGCUGCUGAUGGAGAUAUUACACCAGCAACCGUAACGAGUACGUCGUCGUCGCCGACUACAAAAGCUCCAGCUACCGGAGGAGCAAUCACCGCAGCACCCGCCUCUGCAUCGACAACCAGCGGUACACCUACAAGCCCGGUGUCGACAGGCACCAAAGGGACAGGUAGCACUGUUCCAGGAGGCAAUACCGUUCCUGUGAGCAGUACCACAGUUUUACAAACGUCAACCUCAGCAGGUACCACCACAACAACGCUACCUAAGGUGGAUGUCGAAUAUGUAGAGUUCAAACGGAAGUGCGAUGUUGACGGCGAUUGCGAGUACACUCUCGUGGCUCCUCGCAAUGACCAAAGGUUCUUGGCCACCGAGAAAUCAGUGAUCGAUGAAGAGAAUGGUGAAGUCUCCGACAUCUCGAGUAAAAUACAGCAAUUUCAAGAUACAAUCAACAACUCAACAGACGAUGCCCAGAAGGAAAUGCAGGAGCUCACUCGAAAACUGCAGAACGCACAAAAGCUGCUUACCCUGUAUCAAACCGACCUUCAGCAGAUUCAAAAGAAUUUGGAUGACGUCGAAUACCAGCUCCAGUUCUCUAGUCUAUAUAUCGACAUGCUAGCGUACAAUCCACAGCAGUGUUACGCCAAAUGUCUCAUCCCGCCAAAUGCCACUUCUGGUCCAUCGACGACGCCGAGUCCAUGCAGCGGCUACGUGUGUCACAACGGUGGUAGAGGCUGCGAAACAGACCCGAACAACACACCUCACUGCCAAUGUCCUGGAAAUCUGGACGGCUACCAGCACUCCUGCUCUGAUUCGGGCAUAAUCAUAACAACGACUCCAUCUGACAACAUACCCUUCUACUCUCCUGGCUUUUACGGCCCUGAUUCUUCCAAUUUCACUGCACCGAUCAAGGACAUUCUCUGCAGCUGGACGUUACAAAGUAGUUCCGGGGAAAAUGGCUAUGACGCGACCAAGCUCAACUUCACAAAUCUGGAUUCAUCGACAUCCACUCUGACUUUCUACACUGCGAAUGGAGCCGCAAUUCAGGCAACAAACACAUUCACUCUAAGAAAACUCGAGAGUGUGCUGAAGGAGUCACCGAUCACCAUCGAGUUCACGGCGAAGAGCGGAUCAACCUCGUCAUUCUUCUUUGAUAUGACUGAACUGUGA